UGCAGUGAAGCGAGGGUGGGUGGAGUUUAAGAAGAGGCGGAGGAGGCGCUGGCACGCCCACAUGCGACUAAGCGGAAAACCAUUUAGCUUGCAGAGCCAUAGCGAUCGAGGGAUCGGAUCGGAGCGCAACGGAUGACAUCCACGAUGGACAGUUCGGUCAUAUAUAAAGUGCAGAGAACAGCUGGGCGUUGUUUUAGUGAAGCGACCAAGCCAUGAACAACACGGGGCAGCUGCAGGCGCUGCUGCUGUUGGUUUUGCUUAUCUGCGCCUGCUCCUGGAGCAGCACCAGCGCCCGGCCUGGCGGAGUGAAGCUGCAAGCGCAAUUGGUGCGCGCGAUCAGUGCCUAUAGGAGGCUGGAGCGCAGCCUGCCGCCGGAGGAGCUGCGCGCCUUGACGGGGCUGGGACUGCUGAACGGUGCCCGCCAGACCAAGGAGCAAAUGGAGCAGCAUCUGGUACAGGCCAUCAAGGAGCUGCUGCGGCAGACCGCGGCCGAGCCGGACAACGACAUAUUGCCAAGGAUCGAUGCGAUCGAGCAGCAAAUGUCCCGCGAUCAGCAAGCCCUCAAAAUCCUGGGCAGCGUCAUGGACGUGUUGUGCGAUGAUAAGGACGAGCAGCAGUUCCGUCGGGAAGUUCACAGCGUGCUCAAGGAGCAACAGCAGCAACAGCAGCUGCAGCUCCAGGCGCUGCUCAGCGAGGAGCAGCAGGAGGUGGGCAGGCGACUGGGGCAGCUGCGUUGCCACAUACUGGAGCAGGUGCCUCAGAUGAAGACGGAGCUGGACACGAAAAUAGAGCGCACCCUGCACUACCUGCUGAAGCAUGCCACAGCCGGCGGCCCACUGGACAGGGCGAGUCACAAGGUCCUACACAAGCGGGCAGUCGACGAGGCGAAGAGCCCCGAUAACAUAAGGGACCAGAUCGAGGCUAUGCUUCAGGACAAGGCCAAAUUGAUGGAGGACGACUUCCGGGAGAACUUGGUGGUGCAGCAUUUCGAGAAGAGCGAUGAGGGCAAUAACGCAGCGCAGUCGGAAAACGAAUUUGAUGAGCUGGAAAACGCUGAUCCCGACGACGAAGGACCCCCGCAGCCACUCACAUUUACCAAAAACUUCCUGAGCGCCUUCCUGGAGUCGAAAUUGCGACCGCCCGAGGCGUCGGAGGAGCGUCACGGCAGCGCUGAGCUGCCGCGCCAGAAGAAAAAGGAAGCCCAAGGCUCGGGUGGCUUCGACUCCAACGGGUUCAUCAAGCAGAUCGCCUCGCACCUGGUCAGCAGUGCUCUGGGCCUGCUGCUGAAUGCGUCGUUGGGUGCCUCGGGCGGGGCGUCGCAUGCAUCCACGGGUCUCUUUGCCAGCAGCAGCCAUCACAUGAAGCCAGCCGAGGGCCGAUCGUGGACGGAAGUCUAGGCCAGUCCCAUCUACACUUAACGCAUUAAAAACAAUUGUUUUUUUUUUUUGUAUGUAUUUUGUUUAAGUAGUUCAUAAGAAAUAAAGAGUUAGGUCCGCCGAUAGAUUUGCAUGGUUGUCGUAAUCGUGUUGAUAAGGCAAUACCGUAAAGUAAAUAGUCGCUCACUUGGGCAGCCAAGAAAGC